AUGAAACAACUAGCUACGACAUUAAUGCAGUAUAGAUCAUUCAAAGAGAAACAAGAAUGUCUGAGCAAAUCACUCGAUCAUCUGUCAUUUGACUAUCCUGAUAUAUACGUAAUGUUGUAUAGAGAGAUAAAAAGAAGAGAACUGGAAUCUAAUGAUCCGAAUAGAAUUGCUAAAUGGUUAAGUAAUUCAGAACAAAAUCCGUAUGUCAAGCUUCAUGAAUCAUUGAUGAUGGUGAAAAAUAAGAACAUCAUGGCCAAAGAGGAGUUAAUGUACAGUUUAAGCGCUAUGUUAAACCAAACAAUUAAAAAUGGUACCAACAUUGAAGCAGCAGUAAAAAUAUGCCAUUUAAUUAGAAAAUCAUCGAACUUGAAAAUAUUUAAUGAGACAUUGAAAGAACUCAUUGGCCAAGUAAACCAGUUGAGCAGCACUCAACGCCAUAUGCCAAAAGAAACCAAGACAGAAAACAUUUGGAGAAACAAUUUCAGACCUCCACAAAUAGACCCUUUCCAGCGAUUUAAUUUUAAAUCUGCUCAACAACAGCAUACCCCUGUUUGGCAAAAUAUGCUGCAACCAACCAAUUCAGAAGCUGCCCGUGGUCAACCACACUUUAGCAUCGAUUGUUACGGGUAUGAUCAUCUGGAAAUGAUUGCAAGUGUAAACAGUGCUACUACUGUGAGAAACUCACAGACACUUAACACCCUGACGAUUGUUGAUCAAGGAAUGGAUGGAGCAGUUGCUAAGUGGCUUCAUUAUUUGAAACUCCAUAAAUACCAGUGGUUCUUCAAUAGCCUCAAUUAUCUUGAAAUUGUAUUCAUCGACGAGGACAACAUUGAUGGUUUUAUAGCUAAAGUAAACAGAAACUUUAUUACAAAAGGUGCACAAAAAAAGAUGUGCAUAUCGACAAAGACGUUGAGGGAUCGUCCACAAAAGUUAUAUGACUUAUUAUUGAAAUUGGAUUUGGAAGUUACUCCAAAUGAACUGUGUGAGCUCGUGUCAUACAUGCGAGACAUAUUACAUUACCCCAUACCGAACAAGAACUGUGUUGUUGGCGAUCAGUUACAACAAGACAUCGUCCUUGUCAUGGAGAAAUUGUUAAAUCAACUGCUGGAAAAACUAGGUUUUGUCCAUUCUUUAGUUGCUCAGAGUUUACUUGGAAUGUCCAUCAAUAAAUACUUAGAAUGUACAUUGUUAAUUAUUGGUAAUCAAAUGUUUGUGAAACAUCAAAUUGACAGAACAAUGAUGUUUGCUGAUACUUUAAAAUAUAAAGUCCAUAGAAUUCCUAGAAACUUUAACUAG